AGUUAUAUGGAUUAAUAGAGCAUUAGAGGUAGAGAUGGCAGCAGGUAAAAUUUCCUUUGUUAAGACACAGGGGGUGUGGGGAUUUACUGCUCUUCUCGUAUCUGCAGUCUGUGAGUGGUUUUUGAUAAUACUAUUGCUUUUCGAUGCCCUGCUGUCGUAUCUACUAACAAAGUUUGCAAGUUUCUGUCGAUUGCAAGCGCCUUGUAUAUUGUGCUCUAGGCUUGAUUUUGCAUUAGGUGGUCAAAAGUCUGAGUUAUAUCAGACACUACUCUGCAACAAUCAUAUAUCAGAAAUUACCUCUCUGCUGCCAUGCCAUAUUCACAAUAAGGUUGCGGAUGGAGUUGGCAUGUGUGAUGAUUGUCUCUUGUCAUUCACAGCAAAGACUAAAGCCAAUUCAAAAGCUCAUAGAUUGUUGGUGGGUAAACUGGGUCUGUUUCAUGGUGACUGUAGUUUCCAGUGCUCGUUGAAGGAUGACUUGUUCUCUGGUUCUUCGGAUUCAAGGCCAUGUACCUGUUGUGGAUCGAUAACGUCUCACUUUGUAGGGAAAAACAGUCGUGAUUCAUUAUGUUAUUCUGGCUUCGCUGAGUUGAAACUCCAUCCUGAGUCAGAGUUUCCAUUUUCUGCUGAUGAUAACAAUGUUUCUACUGUAAUUCAUGAAAACAAUGAAGCUGGGAGUGAUCCUAAGUGCCAAUGUACACCAAUAGCAUCAUCAAAAUUUCUUCCAAGUGACUCAAGCACAGCGGAACCAGGAAAGAAUAAAGCUGUAGAUGUGUCUCAAGCAAGUGAUAAUGGACUUCAAUCAAUCAGAGAUCAUGGGGGCAGUUUUAUGAAGAUUGCUAUAAAUGCUGAACUGUUCGAAAAAACUGAUCUGGUUGUAAGUGACUCUUCUCAUACAAGUCUUAGGCACAAGGACAGGGAAGAAUUGAAGCUAUCAUCACACAAAUCUUCUCAAGAUUCUAGUACCUCACUAGUUAUUCCAUUAGAUGAUGCUUAUCCCCCAAAGAAAAAAGCUGAUGCUGCUAGCUCCAAUGGAACUAAGGUACUUCAAAAGUCAGUCUCAUUGGAUUCUGGUCUUGGAUCUAUGUCUGGAAGCAUUGUCAGUAGAAUUGAGGAGGACUCUCUUGUUGAUCAAUUGAAGAGACAGCUUACGUAUGACAAGCAAUUUAUCAAUUCCUUACACAAGGAACUGGAGGAAGAAAGAAAUGCUUCUGCUAUUGCAGCAAAUGAAGCAAUGGCUAUGAUUACAAAGUUACAAGAGGAUAAAGCAGCACUCCGAAUGGAGGCCCUCCAAUAUUUGAGAAUGAUGGAAGAGCAAGCAGAACAUGAUGCAGUUGCAUUGGAGAAAGCUGAUGAUCUGCUGUCAGAAAAGGAAAAAAUGAUACAAGAUUUGGAAGCAGAGCUAGACUUUUAUAGGUUAAACUUGGUAGAAGAACCUAUGGAUGAGAAUAUGCAUGAGGAAGGAUCAGGAGCGUUUCAAGAACAGGCAUCUCCAGAUCGCACGGAACAAGAUAGUAGAGAGGACACUAUCCCCAGUUGUCCUAAGUACCCACAGGGAAUUGCUGAUUGUAACUGUGACAGAUACCAUCUGAUCAAGCCGAAGCAUAAAGCAUUUACCGAAUAUGGAAGGAAGUGA